GGUCACCGCAGAGAAGAAAGAAGCGCAGCGAAGUUCUAUUUAUAUGACUCGUUUAGUUGGUUGAUUUUGAUUGGAAUAAAAACUUACAUCUCCGCCAAUUAUUUUGAGAAACUAACAAUGGCCUUCCUGCAGUCAAUCGCCGCUCAAACCGACUUCUCCUCGUGGCUCGCGAAGCACCUCAUCUCGACCCACGUCAAGGACGACAACACCCACGUCAAGGACAGCAACUUUGUAUUCUCGCCCCUCUCAAUUCACGUCGUGCUGGCCAUGGUCGCGGCCGGGUCGGGCAUCCCUGCUCGCGAACAGCUCCUGCGCUACCUCAUGUUCGAUUCGAUCGAGGAGCUUAAUUCCCUAUCGUCGCAGAUCGCCACCUGGCUGCUAGCCGACGGCGGGCCGCUAGGCGGCCCUUACAUGUCCUUCGCCAACCGGGUUUGGGUCGAACGCAGCCUUGUCCUGAAGCCCGCUUUCAAAGAAAUCGUCGAGACUACUUAUCGGAGCGCUCUAGGUCACGUCGAUUUUCGGAAUCAGUUUGAUGUGGUAAGAGAAGAAGUGAAUGCUUGGGCCGAGGAGAAAACAAAUGGAGCCUGGCAUUCAAAAUUCGACCCGUCUCUAACCAAAGUCGGCGACUUUUUCCUCUUGAACGGAAGUUCUGUCCGCGUCCCCUUCAUGACCAGCUCCAAGGACCAGUUCGCCCUCGCCUUUGACGAUUUGAAGGUUCUGAAGCUACCGUACAAAAGGGGUCAGGACACGCAGGCAUUCUCCAUGUACUUCUUUCUUCCCAAUGCCAGGGAUGGCUUGCAGGCGCUCGUCGAGAAAUUCGGCUCGAUUUCUGGGUUCAUAGAGCACCACACGCCACGUCAAAGAGUGAAAAUGGGGGAUUUUCGUCUCCCCAAGUUUAAAAUAAGCUUCGAUUUUGAGGCUUCGGAGUUUUUUAAAAAGCAAGGAUUGGUUCUCCCUUUUCGCGGUGGUUUGACCGAGAUGGUUUACUCUUCCCCGAAUAUUCCUCCACUCGAAAUCUCGCUCUUUUUUCAUAAGGCAUACGUAGAGGUGGACGAACAGGGAACUGAGGCUGCAGCAGUUUCUGCUUGUGUCGUCACGUUUCGAUGUGGGAGGUACAGGCGCGAGGACUUGUUUGACUUUGUAGCUGACCAUCCUUUCCUCUUUGUAAUAAGGGAGGAGACCAGUGGUGUUGUGCUCUUUGUUGGGCAAUUUGUGAAUCCUCUGCUUUCUGACUGA